UCAAAACAGAAGGAGAGGGGGGGAAGAGGGGGGGAAGGAGGAAUUCUAACGCAAAUCAAAAGCAGUCUGAAAAUUUGUCAGGAAAAGAAUUUGUCCGGAUUUACCGUGUGUCUUAUACGCUCCUGGUCCACUUUUCUGUGGCCCCGGGUGGUGCUGGCGGAGCGCGCAGCGGGAGGCGCAUUGUGCGUAUGCAAACUGGACGACAUGGCUAUUGUAUGCGUUUGGGCUUAUAUGGAGCCGCUGCCGGCUCGGGGGACACAGCCCGUCUGAAGUCGGAAGGAGAAGUCACCGUCGGUCGUUUUUCCGCCACUUUCUCUCCUCUGACGUCUCCCUCCUCCGUGUCCGAGUCGUCCGUCGCUAUGAGUUGCCUGGAUGUGAUGUACCACCAAAGCUAUGGAGCGCACUAUCUGCCCGCCGCUGCGUACAAGGCGACGUAUUACAACCACCAUCAGCAGCAGCAACAGAGGAAGCUGAGUGUUUACAGUAAGAUGCAGGAGUGUAUGGAGCCCCAAGCAGGAGGAAGAGGGAUGCUGCCCAGGGAUCAGGGCCUCAGAUCAUCUUCGGAUUCAGAGAUGAAAGACGGCACCCAGCCCGCGGAGGCUGAGUACUUGAGCUCCAGGUGCGUCCUGUUCACCUACUUUCAAGGCGACAUCGGGGAUGUGGUGGAUGAGCACUUCUCCCGGGCUCUCAGUCAGUCCAGCACCUUCAGCACCGAGAGCAAACCCAUCAGAGUGACUCAGCCAUCUGCUCCAGCAUCUGCUAACUUAUGGAAAGAUGGCGGCUCGUUACCGGAGGGUCAGGGAAGCUCAGCUUGGAACAGCGCUUUUCAAUCUCAAGCCACCUCCUGCCUCCCCUCGGUCUCCGUCUCAGUCAGUCCAGAUUUCUCCCCGAGUCCCGUUUCCUUCAACUCCCCGGAUGGAACCAUAUGGGCCAGCCACAUGCUCUCCCCGGCCAGCCUCCCGUCUGCGGCUCCCCUCCCCGAUAGCUGGGCCUACAGCUUGAGCUCCCAGAACCCAAGCGGCUACCCGAACGUCCACGACGUCUACCAGCCCCAUCCCCGCCACCACCCUCACAUCCACGCCAGGCACCAUCCCUCCAUGCUUCACACAUACCCGGCCCAUAGCCACGCAGCACUGGAUCCCAGGUUCAAUACGCUGUUGCUGCCUGGGGUUCGGAGCCAGAGCCAGUCCACCACCAGCGCAGGAAGCUCCCCGCACAGCGAGGGGGGAAAACCAGAGAUGGAUCCCGGCAGCAACAGCCCAGUCACGGCAGCCUCUGUCACCUGGACCCCCUCUGCGCUCCAUGGAUCUCUGGAGGUGUACGACUCAGCUCUCGAUCAGACCAAACCAAAGACAUCAGUUUGGUUCUAACUGAUAAACUCAAGAUUGAGCACCUAAACCAAAAAGGACCUAAUAAGUGGCUUUAUCAAUAUAUGGCUGCAACACCAGCACUGUAAUGUAAAAUGUAGAUAAAGAAAGCAAACUGUAGCUUGUUCUGUGUGUCCUGCAAUGUCCUCAAAAUCAAAAUGGAGACAAACUCAGGCUUGGACUUCUAUGACAGUGAUGCUCGGGGCUGCCUGUUCACAUCCUUGAAGAAUGAUUGAGGAAAAACAAAAAGACUACUAGCUUUAAGAUGAGAAGGCCUGUUCUCCAUCAGCACAGAACUCUUUCCUUUUCAUUCAGUGUGAGACCAAGCGGUUCUGUUUCAAGAGCUUGAUUUUGAUCCACAUUUUGUUUUGUACAGUAAAUGUUUGUCAGUGACUGUAAAGUGAUGGUGUGCUCCAUUUAUUUGACUAGGUUGCUGUUUGCUGAAUUACUUCUGCUAAAAUUGUUGCUUGAAUGUCGUCUAUACUGUUGUGUGUAAAUACUGGUACUGAGUAAUACAUUUAUUAAACUUUCUGUGGAGAUCAUUUA